GGGUGGGGUGGGGAUCCCCUGCACUGCCCAGCUCUCUGCUCUCUCCCUCUUCCCUCUUUUUGAUCCUUUUGGUGACCCCUGAACUCUGCCCAGGGCCACGCUCACCUCUCUGUGCUCCCCAGUUGGGGCUCAGGAGCCUUUUUUUGACUUGCCACGUGAGCUUUGUUUUCAUUUUUUGAAAUGCCAGUCUGGUGUUCAAACCUGCUUUAGCUGUGAUAACCCUCUGAUGAAAUGCAGAGCAAGAGUCUCCUCAGAGUAAAACUGCAGCAGAGCAGCCAGAGACAAUUACGACUGUUUGUUAAAUCCAAAAAGCUGAGCGUGGAAUAAUAAAUUCCCACAUGUCCCUGUGUCUGACCUUAAACAUGGAUAAAAGGGUGGAAGAAUGAAAAGCUUUGCUAUUAUCUAGGGUUUUAUUUUAUCCCCAUUCUUAGGUGUUGGGUAGGACAAAAAUGGGGUUUGGGGUUUCACAGAAUCACAGAAUCAUGGAAUGGUUUGGAUUGGAAGGGACCUCAAAGCUCAUCCAGUGCCACCCCCUGCCAUGGGCAGGGACACCUUCCCCUGGCCCAGGUUGCUCCAAGUCCCAUCCAACCUGGAUAUUUCCAGGGAAGUGCCUGUGGAAAGAAGCUGUAACCCAAGUCUAGCCCAGGCACUUGGAACUGCUGGAACUUGGGAUGCUGCUCCCAGGGAUGGGAUGUCCCCGAGCUCCCAAAGUGCAGCUCCCAUCAUUUCCCAGGAUGAACCAAGGUUGAGUAACUUCUCAGGUAAUUGUUUCAGCUUUUGAAGCGCUGUGGUUUCUUGCUGCAAGUCCCGUCAUGCCAGGCAAGUUUGGGACAUUCCACUUUGUUCAGCAGGAAUAUUUGUCCCAUCAGACACUCACAUGUCACUGGCUUGUCCUCUUUAGCUGAGAAGUUUUGCUCCACGCACAGCGAGGCAGAAGAGUUGGCCAGAUCUGUGUGAAUCAGGGACCACAGAGCAGGUUUCAGAGCUGAAGGUGGUAAUUAAAAUUCUCAGCAUUCUCCAAAACCUGCCCUCUGUCAGUUCCUGUUGGAAUGGGGGUCAUCAAACCUUCCCGUGGCUGAGGCAUCUGCCAGGACACUCGGAUUCCCAGUGUUUGUGCUGCUGCCACAUUCCAGCUCCUGCCCUGGAACUGAGCUGCUCCCAGGGCUCCAUCCAGGGCACUGGGGAUGGUUUAACCCCGGAGCAGUGGCCAGCUUUGGGACUCUGCCAGGGCACUGCACUUGAGGGGGGGGAGAGGGACCUUUCCCUGCUCCAGGCUCGGUGCCAGGGCACCUGAAAGAGCCCUUUGUUUGGGCUGCUGAGGUCACAGAAGUGAAAGCAAAUUCCCAGCAGAUUUAGCUCUUUCCUGGAACCUGCUAGGGAUGAAUAAGGCAUUGAAAAUGAAAAGUAAUUUAGGGGGGGAAUUGUAAGGAAAACAUUACCAUUUUUAUUUUCCAGUGGAGAGGGUGUGCGUGUGAAUUUAUAUGGAACAGUUGCUGGAGGAACAUAAAGGCACUUGUUGAGAGUGAGAAAAGCUGGGAAAAUCAGACCUGGGAGUGACACUUCAUCCUGCUCACUGCAGUUUUGGGACACAGGAUUCCAGCAAAACGACCAGAGAAUGUUUAAUCUUGGCUAGAACUCAGCAGUGUCAGCCCUGGGGUCUGGAAUGAAUGAUGUCAUGGGUCAGGGUCCUUUUGGGGUGACAGGGAAUGUCAGAGCAGAGCCAGCAUCUGCAGUGAAAGCACCAGUUUCUGUCUGAAACAGUUUCAGUUAUUGCUGAAAAUACAGAGCAUCUUGAAGCCUUUCCAAAACAUUGGGGAAUGUGUUUGCCAAGUCUGAAUUCAUUCUUAAAUCUCUUCUGGUAAAGGUCACAGGAACAGGCUUGGAGGCUAUUUUUAAAACUGAUUUGAUUUCUUUGAGUGCAGUGUUGGGAUUUACCAUCGUGCUGGGGCAGUGCAGCAGGUUUGUCCUGUGCUGAAGUGUUGGGUUGUGCACAGGAGAGUUCAGGGGAACCUGUCGGCCUUGAGCUGUCUCAUGGAGAAGGCACAGGGUCACUUCCCAGGGCUGUGGUCACCUCUCUCAGGUGUUGUGGUCACUUCCCAGGGCUGUGGUCACCUCUGUCAGGUGUUGUGGUCACUUCCCAGGGAUGUGGUCACUUCUGUCAGGUGUUUGGUCACUUCCCAGGGCCGUGGUCACCUCUGUCAGGUGUUGUCCACACUUCCCAGGGGUGUGAUCACCUCUAUCAGGUGUUGUGAUCACUUCACAGGGCUGUGGUCACUUCUGUCAGGUGUUGUCCUCACUUCCCAGGGCCAUGGUCACCUCUGUCAGGUGUUGUGGUCACUUCACAGGACUGUGGUCAGUUGUGUCAGGUGUUGUCACUUCUCAAGACUGUGGUCACUUCUCUCAGGUGUUGUGGUCAGUUGUUUCAGGUGCUGUUGUCCCUUCCCAGGGCUGUGGUCAGUUGUGUCAGGUGUUGUCUCUUUGCAGGCCUGUGGUCACCUCUGUCAGAUGUUAUGGUCAGUUCUGUCAGGUGCUGUGGUCAGUUCUGUCAGGUGUUGUGGUCAUUUCUCAGAUGUUAUGGUCAGUUCUGUCAGGUGCUGUGGUCAUUUCUCUCAGGUGUUAAGGUCAGUUCUGUCAGGUGCUGUGGUCAUUUCUCUCAGGUGCUGUGGUCAGUUCUCUCAGGUGCUGUGGUCAGUUCUCUCAGAUGUUGUGGUCAGUUCUCUCAGGUGUUGUGGUCACCUCUCUCAGAGCUGUGGUCAGUUCUGUCAGGUGCUAUGGUCAGUUCUCUCAGGUGCUGUGGUCACCUCUCUCAGUGCUGUGGUCAGUUCUGUCAGGUGCUAUGGUCAGUUCUCUCAGGUGCUGUGGUCACCUCUCUCAGUGCUGUGGUCACUUGUGCCAGGUGCUGUUGUCCCUGCCCAGGGCUGUGGUCGGAUCUGAGCCAACACCUUCCCUGCCUGUCCCUGGCAGGUCCCACCUGAGCAGGGCAGGAGAGCAGAACACGGACACAGAGGCUCUUCCCCGAGCCUGCCCUGACAGACAGAAUGUUCUGGGAGGUUUCUGCUCCCGUGUCCCUUCCAGAGGCCCUGUCAGACCCUGGCGAGGUGCCUGGAGCGGUUCCCGUUCUCCGGGGACACGUGGAGAUGAGUGUGUGCCACUUACCAACCUUUCUG